UUUUUUUUUGUUCCUCACUUUGACCUCUACCUUACUCUCUCUCUCUUCCACUUCCAUUCUCCUUGCUAUCGUUCGGAAUUCUUAUCUCCUCUUCCAUUCACCUUUACGUGUUCUAUAUCGCUCGGCACAGCCCAGAUUGACUCACGCCCGAAACCCACUCCGCGUCAUUCUACCAAUUUCCACUCGGAAUUGAGCCCGCUUCACAACUUUAAGGGCUUUCAAAAAAUCCGUCGAUUGCCAGAAAGUCCUUCACCAUGGCCUCGUUCAAGGAAUUGUCCCUCUCGCGUCCGCUCCCCAACCCAACCCAACGACAACACUCCCACUCGAUCUCUCUCGGUGCGGUCAAUGCCAACCACCGUGUGACGCGUCGAAAGAGUGUCACUACAGCGGCUGCCAAUGCCGCCGCCGCCAUUGCGGCCUCCAUGAAGGAGGGCGAGUCCGCGCUUCUCCCUAUGGCCGCGCACCGUCGCAGCCUUGGGGGCCGCAAAGGCAUGGAAUCCACUUCUGUUGGGGGCGCAUCAGGAUUUAGUUCAUACCUCUCACGGAGCGUGAACAGUCCUAGCCAGGAGCCUCCGGUCGCUCGCAAAGCCUCCCCCAGCAACUCCGAUGAUGGCAAGGCGCUAAAGGGCCGGAACCGCCGAGCCAGCGAAGGCGCUCAAUCUAAGGAGGGGAAGCGGGUCCCGGCCGAACUCCGCUGCGAUCGCUGCGGGAAAGGGUAUAAGCAUGGCAGCUGCUUGUCUAAGCAUAUGUGGGAACAUGACCCAGCAUGGGCGGUUACCUCGAAACUACUUAUCUCCAAGCAUCAGCAGGUUCAACUGUUGGAGGCUGCCACGGUGCUUGUCACCAUGAACCAGGACGGUCCCGAGCAAUGUCACGAGCAUUGCCCCGAAGCGGAUUCCGAAGUUUCCUCCGGAUCGCCCGACGCCUCUUCUGAUGUGCACGAUGGACUCAGCUCCGCCGAGACCACCCCUCCCCCGAUUGACGAGGAGGAGGAAGACGAUUUUGAGAUGUCCGGUAUGCCGGCCAACUGGACCAAGCGCCCCAGCAUUAGCAACGCUUCGGCUUUCUCCCGCUCCUACCAGUCGAUUCCCUCAAGCUCGUACAACGAGAGUGCUCCGCUCCACUCUCCUACCUUCUCUCAUUUCCGCCAGUCCAGCAUCGAUACCCGCCCAUCCACCGCUGACACCCGACUGCACGAUGACGAUGAGGCCGACCUUGCAGCAGCGAUUGGGCUGUGCAACUUCGGAACUCCCCGAACAGGACCUGUCUCCAUGACACCGGAUGUUCCCCCUGUUCCUCCGCUGCCGGCUCGUUACCUGGACUCGAGUAGCCACCCGAACAACCAGAGCCCGCGUCUGUCCCAGCCGGGACCUAUGAACGAGGCCUACCGACGAGAAUCCAAUGCCGAUCUCUUCCUUUCAGUUUCCGCGGCUUCGUUCAACCCGUCACUGUCAUACAAGGUGUCGGAUGAGCGUGGGCCUCGAAUCGGACCCAAGGAAUCUGAACCCCGUCGUCACAGCCGCAACGCAGAUGUCGACUUUGGCAGCCGUGCUGCACCUGCGGACGAUGAUGACGAUGGUGUCUUUGGACGCAUGGAGGAAUAAUUGGCUUUAUUUCUGCAUUUCCGCUACGCACCCAUCUCAAGUCGUCUUGCUCUCAUGUUGAGCAACCUGACGACUUUUUUCACGACGCAAUGUACGCGCUUGAGCGUUUUUAUUUGGGAACCCCUUCUUGUUUACACAUUUAACGAGCAUGCUGCAUAAUGAAGGUCCGCACUCUCCCGAGUUCGUUCAUCAUGAACGGAACUGGGAUGAGAAGUUCCUCCUCGCACAGCGUGCUUAAAGAUUUUCGGGACCUUGCCGCCCAUGUAUCAUGUUUCCUUGGCCCGCUUGUUCUUUUCACUUUCUUUUUCUCCGCUGCUCAAGUUUCUUUUCCUUUUUGUUCUGGAAACAUCAUAAAUGGCCUUACCUAAUCGGCCGGCGCAUAUUCAUCAUAACCCAUACCUCCCCUUUUCUCUCGUCCUCGUCCUCUUUCCUUUCUUUUUCCCACUUGCUCGAACAUAUACCUCGUCCCGUUUUGAAACCUUAUAUCCCAGGUGUGGUUCUCGUCCGCUCUCCCCAUCGUUUUCCUAGCCUCCUUCACGCUCUCUCAUGCUCUCCCAUGUGUACUCAAUGACCCUUGGACGGGAC